GUUGUCUUAAGUCUUUAAAAGUCAUUAAAAAAAAACCCCAUACAAUUACAGUGAUUGCAUCUUUACAUUUUGCAGAUGACGAUGAGAGAACCUCCAAAGUAGAGAAGGCCCGGCAGCUGAGAGAGCAAGUGAAUGAUCUCUUCAGUCGAAAAUUUGGGGAAGCCAUUGGCAUGGGAUACCCUGUGAAAGUCCCAUACCGAAAAAUCACGGUCAACCCUGGCUGUGUGGUGGUGGAUGGAAUGCCCCCUGGUGUAUCUUUUAAAGCUCCCAGCUAUCUUGAAAUCAGUUCCAUGAGGAAGAUUCUGGAUUCCGCGGAGUUUAUUAAAUUUACUGUCAUUAGACCAUUCCCCGGACUUGUAAUGAACAACCAAAUUACCGAA